AAAGGUAACGAAAUGUUGGCAGCUAUAGACACGCUCAAAGGAUUUUUAAAAUCAAACUCCAAUGUCAUGUUAUCUAUAAAAUAACUUACACAUGUCACGAACUGUUUUGUGCCCCUCAGCUCAGCUGACUGGGAGUAGAAUCCCCGAUCCUGUGACGUCAACUGGGAGCUCCAUGACUGUUAAACUAGUAUCCGACCACUCCAUAAACCGCAAGGGAUUUCAGGCCAACUAUACAGCUGAAGAUAAAGUUUGCGAGAGCCUAACUGCUGACAUCGGGACCUUCACCAGCCCGAACUACCCAAACAACUACCCUGAAAAUCACUACUGCCGGUACGAGAUCUCCGUCACCCCGCCCAAGGCCAUCAGACUGACCUUCACGGAGUUUGACCUUGAGGACGGCUAUGACAGGGUGUAUGUGUAUGAUGGAAGCACAACUGAUUUCGCAUUUGAGAUAGGUGAGAAACCAACAAUUCUUUUGUAACUGUCUGAGCACGAUUUGCGGCUGUUUUAAAACGUUGC